GGACAAAUAAGAAACGAGGAACAAAAUCGAAAAAGAAAAAACUGGAUUGCCCUUUCGCCGCCGCGGUGAUCCUCCGUUUGAGAAGAAGUUAAGUAGAGAGAGAGAGAGAGAGAGAGAGAUCUCGGGACUUAUCGGUGCGAGAGACAGAAGAAUGCUUCAAAUUCGACUAAGGAGGGAUUCUCCCACAGAGUCUGGAAGCGGAGCGAAACCUUGUCCGGCGGAAACUGUGACGGUUGCCUGUCCCGACCACCUCGUCCUCGCCGAUCUCCCUGUCGCGAAAGGGAUCGGUUCCGUAACUCCCACCACCGUAAUAAAGCCCGUCGGACGCCGGUCUCGCAGGCAGCUAGGAGAGAGGGUUCAUUUCUGCGUCCGUUGCGAUUUCCCCAUUGCAAUCUAUGGCCGUCUGAAUCCUUGUGAUCAUGCCUUUUGCCUCGAAUGUGCUCGUAGUGAUUCCAUCUGCUACCUAUGUGAUGAACGGAUUCAAAAGAUUCAGACUAUCAAGAUGAUGGAAGGUAUCUUCAUCUGUGCUGCUCCUCACUGUCUCAGGUCUUUCCUCAAGAAGCCUGACUUUGAAGCCCAUGUCCAUGACCUCCACGCCACCCUCUUACAACUCGAUGCUGCUAAAGACGAUGGCAACGAGUCAGACGUUCAGAGCACAAAGCUCCAAUCUUCUGCUUCUGAAUCCACUUUGCGAGCUCCCUUGAGAUCCCAGCAACAGCCUUUACUCCACAGGUCACCUUCCUUGUCAAAGCCACACUCUGGAUUUGGCCAACUACAGAGUUACCCUGCAGAGACCGACAACUCUCGUCCUCCUGGAUUUGAAACCGCUAGUCCUAAACCUGCAAUCCGGUUCCCAGACUACCCUCCGCCUAUCAAUAUGAUGCAACCACCACCCAGCAUGCCCAUUCCCAUGAAUCAAAACCCGGGUUUGCCUCAGCAGUUUGGUUUUCCGCCUUAUCCUACAACUGAUGGCUCGUCUCAGCAAUUCUACAGCGGUCCACCUUUUGAGACGGCAAGACCAGAAGGCAGCGGGUCAGACCAAGGUUCGGCGCUCGGGUAUCAGCAACAGCAGCAGCCUUCGCCAAUGAUGAAUCUGAGUUUCCAAGGAUCUUAUCCUCCUCAGUCUCAGUCUUCAUGGAAUCCCGGUAUGGCACCGCCUCAGACAACUCAGCAGGUUAACAGGGGUCAAGGUUUCGGGUGGCAACAAGAGAACCGUGAUGGCUUUGGGCAGGAGUAACUAUAAGACUAGUUUCAUCUCUCUCUUUUCUUUUUUCAUGUAAUGUUAAAAACUAUUCGUUUGAAAGUUUCAAAAGUGCUUCUGUGACGCUAUCAUUUUUUGGUUCUGAGUUCUAA